GGGGGGCGUGGCGGGCGGCGCGCGGCGGCCGGGGCGCGCGCGGCGGCGGCGGCAGCGCCAUGUCGAUGGAGGACCCCUUCUUCGUGGUGAAGGGGGAGGUGCAGAAAGCCGUGAACACCGCCCAGGGGCUCUUCCAGAGGUGGACAGAGCUCUUGCAAGAUCCCUCCAUUGCCACAAGAGAAGAAAUCGACUGGACCACUAAUGAGCUCAGGAACAAUCUGCGGAGCAUCGAGUGGGACCUGGAAGACUUGGAUGAAACAAUUAAUAUCCUUUCUGCAAACCCACGGAAAUUCAACCUCGAUGCAACAGAGCUGGGUAUCAGGAAAGCCUUUAUCACGAGCACACGGCAGGUGGUCAGGGAAAUGAAGGAUCAGAUGUCAAACUCCUCCAUGCAAGCACUGGCUGAAAGAAAAAACAGGCAGGCACUCCUGGGAGAAAGUGGGAGUCAGAGUUGGAGCUCUGGACCUGACAAAUACAGCCGCCUGGACCGGGAGCUGCAAUUAGCAAAUUCACACUUCAUCGAGGAGCAGCAAGCUCAACAACAGUUGAUUGUGGAGCAGCAAGAUGAGCAGUUGGAGCUGGUCUCUGGCAGCAUUGGGGUGCUGAAGAACAUGUCCCAGCGCAUUGGCGGGGAGCUGGAGGAGCAAGCAGUGAUGCUGGAUGACUUCUCCCAUGAGUUAGACAGCACUCAGUCGCGGCUUGAUAACGUCAUGAAGAAGCUCGCCAAAGUGUCUCACAUGACAAGCGAUCGACGGCAGUGGUGUGCAAUUAUUGUCCUCUUCGUCAUCUUGCUGGUGGUGCUCAUCCUGUUUUUCGUCCUGUGAUGGACUGAACUUCUUCAGACGCCCCCUCCCCGCCCCCUUGCCCCCGUAGCAUGGGGAAAUGAAACUCUCACCGUUUCCGUCCGCCCACAGAGAUCCCCAGCAAGAAAACCCGCACCCAGCUCUCGCCAUUCUCCUCUGAGGACCACAGCUCGGCUCCGCUGGCGUCUCACCUGUCCCCAGGGAGAGGGGGUGGAGGACUGGAGCUGCCUCCUCCCCUGGUGCGGUGUGAUCUGGACCUGGGCUCCAGGUCUGGACCUAGGCAGCUGGAGGGGGACUUGGCCCCUGCGCUUCCACCCUGUGCAGGUAGGAGCCGGUUGCAGCGGUCCCGAGCCGCCUGCAGUCGGAUGCAGACACAGAGCAGCAAGCCCUGGGGAGGACGGGAUGGGGUGGGGGAGGAAUUAAUUAUUUCACUGAGCAUUACAAACCACAUCGCCAGCCCAUGGGUGCUUGCCAGCCAAAAGCAUUACCGGGAGGAACGGUGGCAUGAAAACCCACGCAGCCACGGCGAGGGAGGGGAGCCCUGGCCGAACUCCCCCUGCCCCAUGCUGCCUUCCUCCCGUGAGCCGGCUCUGUGCUGCCAACUUACUGCCGAGAUAGCAUGGUGAGUCUGCAGCAAAGCAUUCACAUCCACCACCCCUUGGCAGAAGCUUACACGCAGGUGAGGCGUAGGGUGUAGUGUCCUGCCAUCGGUUGGUCGGGUGCGACUAGAAACCCUAGAGCUUUAAACUUGGGUUGAUGCACACCGAGAGCUGGCAAACAACCAUUAGCCAGAGUGAGUUUCUUAAAGCUUUUAAAAUUGCCUCCUUUGUUAUACAAGCCUCUAAAGCUCAUUGACUGAUGCUUUCUUUGCUCUUGUAUAACUGAGUAACUGCUUCUGUUUAACAGCUGCUUCCCUUUGGCAAGUGAUUUGUCAGGUCUAAAAUAACUUAUUUUUUUUAAGAAAAAAAAACUUUAAAGAUUUUUUUGAUGACCAUUUGAGCCACAUUCUCUCUGCGGGUGCGCGACAUGCAUUAUCAGAGGAAUGGGGCUCAAUUAUGUAUUUCAAGUGCAUAUGAACUUGUAAAUAGGAUGUCUUAAUUUUUCCCAACUGCUGUUUUUUGGACAUCUCUGUUGUAAGCAACCAAAGGGCAGGAAGGAGAUUCAAAGCUAGGUCAUGUUUCUGUAUGACUUCCCAGUCCUUUUGUUACCUUUGAGUUGUUCGUCACUCGAGUUGUCUCGGCAGUGUCAGAUAAGCCUAGUUGUCUCCCUUGUACAGUGAAUUAGGAGUUUGCCAGGUGGUCGAUAGCAAAAUGUGGUGAAGAAAGCCCACCCUGGCAGAAUCACUGGGGAGAGACACAGACAGGGCUUUCAUGCUGCAAACCCCGAUUGCAGGAUAUGGGGUGACUCUUCAGGAAAGCAAAAAUGAUUUCUUACUAAAGUUUGUUCCCAUAUUUAUGUUGCAAACACCAGAAGACUUGGGACAGGCUGGCUUACGCCUCCCAUCUGGGUCUCAGAUGGGGCUGGGGGAGGAAUUUAAUUGGUGCUGACGCUAAGACUUCUGCUGAAAUUGCAAAUUGGCCCCCAAAAGUCAUACUCUCUGAGCGGGAAGUUUACCAUCAGACGGCUUUACCUCCCGGAUGCUUAGCCUGGACUGAAGACUCCUCCCCAGUGGGUUUGUGGCUCCCUCCAAGCAGCUGCGUGAUCCCCCCUGUCCCCUCUGCAGGUGCCGGGCACUGACAGCCAGCAGCACUGUGCCUUCCGCAGCUGGCCACCAGACUUGAGGGGGGGCAAGACAGAGCUGCCCUGCUGCGCCUGCUCUCAUCAUUAACGCACACAUGCCCUGAGCUCCAACCCGCACUAAUUAUUUCAGCAGUUGCUCUUUAUCCUUGCAGAGCACCUCGUUUCUUUUGGUUAUGCUGCAAGAAAUACACGGGGUGUCUCCUUUCCAAGGCUCGCUAUCGCAGUGUCUGCGUGGCUCCUUGGGCUUCAUACCUCUCCAAGAGCAGGUUCCUGGGAGUGCAAGUCCGACCAGCGAGCGGGGCUCGCCGUUGGCCGGUAUUUGCACACCUCCAAUCCCCACGUUGUUUUCGGCGUGGUCGUGCAUCCUCUGGGAGCAACUCCCGGUGUUCCAUGCAGGACCAUUCCUUCAUUAGUCUGGCGUACUGCCGGAGGGUGGCCCAGCUGCUGGCAUCACCACAAGCCACCAAACUGUCUUUGGUCCCUUUUACUGCAUACAUUUGCUUUUUCUGUUGUUGUUGGUGCCCCUCCCUUUAACACUAAAUAAAUGCAUUACUGCUGCCCAGUGUGGCACAGCAGAGAUCA